UUUAGUGUCACAAAAGUAGUGAUUAUUGUAUUAAAAUUACGCUACAGUCUGCCCUAUAUAAUCGAAAUGCAGCUUUUCGUGCGAUUUUGUCUGUUAAUGCUAUGCCUUGCUCUUGUGGAUGGAGCUCCAUCAAUGACAGAUGCUCAAUUAGAACAGACUUUAACUGACAGGAGCACCAUGCAGAGACAUUUGAAAUGCGCGUUAGGGGAAGGGCCUUGCGAUCCAGUUGGAGUACGACUCAGAACAUUAGCGCCAUUGGUCCUUCGAGGCGCUUGCCCGCAGUGCUCCGCGCAGGAGACCAGACAGAUUCGACGCACCCUGGCAUUCGUGCAGAGGAACUACCCCUGGGAAUGGGCGAGAAUCAUCAAUCACAUUAUUAUCGCUCUUUGUGCGUUGGCGGCAACUUGCCUCGCGCAGGCCCAGACAGACAGGCCUCCAGUCUCUGACACAGCACUCGAGGAGGCCCUCAACGAUAAACGUUUCAUACAACGACAGCUGAAGUGCGCUCUCGGUGAAGCGCCUUGCGAUCCCAUCGGCAAACGUCUCAAAACACUAGCGCCAUUGGUCCUUCGCGGCGCGUGCCCGCAAUGCACGCCACAAGAAACGAAACAAAUUCAACGCACGUUAUCUUACGUACAAAGAAACUUUCCGCAGCAGUGGGCCAAGAUCGUGCGCCAAUACUCCGGCUGAACAUUAUUAUUAAAUUGUAAAGAGAAACUCGUUAUCAAGGCUGAAUUGUACUAUUAUAUUCUUUGUCCAGUGUCAACUUCAAUUUUAAAUUGACAAAACUGUUUUCAAAUAAAAUUGUUAAAAUUUGUCUGUACCAUACUUAAGCUAAAAAAUAUUGUUUUAGUAACUAUUUUGUGGUAUUAAGGACAUACCUACUUUGUAUAUUUAUAACUAAAAUAUUAUGAUGGACCACAAAUGCAAAGAAAAGUUUUUGAACCAGUAAUAUGUUGCUCAAAAACAACAAACUCUUGACCACAAAUUUAAUAGAACUUCUGUGUGUUUGUAACGACUCCUAAAAGUAAAAAUCUUCCUACGAGAGGAAGAUAAUACAGGCAAAAGUUUUAUAAAAAACUCAAUUUAUUUCCUAAUGGGUCUAAGUCAAUCCCUCGCUUAAAUGAAAUAGUGUUCAAAUUAAAAAAAAGACUACUAAUAAUGUGUAUUUAUUGUGAAAACUGUACUUAUUAGGAAGAAACAUCAUCAUCGUCAUUAUCGCCAGUGAUGGCUUUAGAGAGAAUACAACAUUUAAAAUAUUUUUGCGUAUUUUAAUUACUUAAGACUUUUUAAUAAGUAAGACUACAAGUCUUAUAAAAUAGGCGUAUAGUUCUCAAGUAUUGUAAUCUAAUUUUAAUAAGUGUAAUAUACUCUUUUUUAACAAUAAAUCUCAAAGAUUAUUUUUUUUA